AUGGCCGAAGCCUCAAACCGAGGGAUCGUCGUCAUCUCGGGCGGCAGCGCCGCAAACAACUUGGUCGACGUCUUUGAUGCAGUGCGAGAAAGUAAAAAAUGUUCGCUCAGCUAUAUCAUUCCGAUUAGUGAUAACGGAGGAUCCUCGUCCGAGCUGAUUCGGAUAUUCGGAGGCCCUGGGAUCGGCGAUGUCCGAAGUCGACUAGUACGCUUGAUUCCAGACUCACCAGCCAAUUCUGAGAGGACAUCCAUCAAGGCGCUCUUCAAUCAUCGGUUGUCUGCCGAAACGGGCGCAGCAUCACAUGAGUGGCUGUCUAUCGUGGACGGCACAUCGACGCUAUGGACCUCCAUCACUCCAGCUAAGAAGGAACUGAUCCGCUCAUUCUUCAAUAUGCUCAAUCUAGAAAUCUUGAAGCGUGCUCGGCCUCCUUCUUCGACCUUUGAUUUUACCUCGGCCAGUGUAGGCAAUUUAUUUUUGACAGGCGCGCGGCUAUUCAGUGGCAGUUUUGAGAGCGCUAUCUAUCUUCUAGGAAGUAUCUGCGGCGUGCAGUCCGAUAUAGUACGUGUUAUCCCGGCAAUCAACUCUAAUUUCUCCCAUCACAUCUCCGCUACCCUCGCCGAUGGAACUAUCAUUGUUGGUCAGAAUAGCAUUUCUCACCCCAGUGAGACAACGGCACUACAACGUGACAGUGGAACGGGAACGCGACGACCGAGUCUGCUCCUCGCCGAUGGCGAUGAUCUGGAAGAUACAGACGCAUCAGACGCGUCCGAUGCGGUCUCCUAUGAGGAAGAUCACCUUCCAGGGUCUCUUGCCACACUUCGCAAUAAGAAUAUCUCGUUCAGUAAAACCAAGAACGAAGAUUUGCCUUGUCGAAUCAGCCGCAUUUGGUAUAUCAACCCAUAUGGCCAAGAGAUCCGUCCGCCUGCAAACCCUCGUGUUCUCGAAGCAUUGAACGACGCCCAAGCCAUUAUCUACAGCAUCGGCUCUUUGUACACCUCUAUCAUACCCGCAGUCGUUCUUCGUGGGGUCGGCAAGAGUAUCAUGAUGAGCCCGGCGCGGCACAAAAUCUUGAUCCUGAACGGCUCGCUAGACCGGGAGACCGGUCCUCCCUCAGAGCCUUUUGUAGCUUCUGAUUUCGUUGAAGCUAUUGCCCGAGCAUGCGAGGAAAGCCGUGGGCGGCGUCAUGCACCUCGGCACCAUGAACAGUUCCCCUCCUCUCCAGAUACUAUUCGAGUGCAUACUCCCAUUCCGUACACAGCUUAUGUGACUCACAUUUUGCAUCUUGAUGGCCCAGGAACCCCACAGGUGGAUCGAGAGCGACUAGCGGCGAUGGGAAUUGAAACUCUUCGUCUAUAUGGGCGAAAAGUCACAGUUAUAGAAGGUGAUAAAGAGGUUGUCGUGGGGAUGCGAUAUGACUCCAAUGCGCUAACCCAGGCCCUUGAAGUGGUGUUGGGAAAGAAAGGCGAUGCGAUGGUUCGCGGAGGGAUAGGCAGUGCAUUGGGAAGGAGGAACACCCUUGAUCCAGCACGAAGGGAGAAACGAGAGGUUGUGUAA